AUGGGACCUGGGCUCAGCAACUACUACCUGGAUGAACUGGAGCCAGUGACACUCUACUGCAUGAGGCUGACCAUCCUGGGAUCUGCUGGAGAAGGGCCCCCCACAGAGGUGACUGCACAGUCACCUCCUAUUUCCUGCACUGAACUACAUGUGGUGAACACCUCAGUUGACUCUGUGACUCUGGCCUGGAACCCAGUGUCUGGGUCAUCCCGCCACAUCCUAUCCUGGCACCCACUCAGAGGCCCUGGCCAGGAAGUGCCUGGGACCCCACAGACACUUCCAGGGACCUCAAGCUCCUGGCGGGUAACAUGGCUAGAGCCUGAUGUCUCUUAUAUCUUCUCCUUGACGCCUGUCCAGGAGGGCAUGCCGGAUCCUGAGACCUCUGUUACACAGAUCCCAGGUUCUGUGUCCCUCCCCCAAUUACCCCAGGUUGGCCUGCUGUCCUACAGUCACCGGCCCUCCCCACUGUUCCUGCUUAAUAGCUCCCAUGACCAUGGCAUGAUCUUGCAAAAGAUCUGUGACAUUCCCUAUAUGGACCCAAGGGGGAGCAGCCUGGCUCACAGAUACUUAUUGGCACAAGAUGCUCCUAGGCGCUGCCAGCACAUGCCAGGGGUAAUGGUUCUGCUAGUGAAUGAGCCCUUGAGAGAUGACAUAUCCGGCCCCAUGCUGCUGGACUCCUCCUCAGGGAUCAACGUGGUGAUCUUGGGCUUGGUGGGAUCUGACCCAGAGCAGUUGCAUCUCUUGGUGCCAGGCAUGGACGCUGUCACCUUCUUCACGGUGGAUGAUAGUCUGAGCCUGGACCAGGCAGUAGGUGGACUGGCAGCAGCCCUGUGUCAGGCAUCCUUGGCUCCUCAGCCCCAGGCAGAGCCUUGCUCAGUGAAUUGUCCAAAGGGCCAGAAGGGGGAACCUGGAAAGAGUGUGAGUGGCCCUGUGGGAUAUAGAGGAUGAGCUGAGGGUCAGCAGGGCCCAAGAAGUUGGCAACUCAGGGCUCACUGAUCACCCUUCCUAGGGCCUGAAAGGACAAGUGACCCUGGUCUUCCGGGCAGGACCGGUGCUCCUGACCCCCUAUGGUCCCCUGGAAGUACCGUUGCAAAGGGCGAGAUGGGAGAACGAGAGCCUCGAGGCCUGAAGGGGGAGCUGGGCCCCCAUGGACCUUGUGGACCACUGGGGCCCCCAGGGCCCGGGGUUCCCCAGGGCUUCCUGGAACAGCUGUGGAGGGUUCCCCUGAAUCAAGUGAUGGUGGCACUGCUCCUGGGGAGCCCGGGCUGCUGGGUCUUCCUGGAAGCCCUGGACCCCAAGGCCCAGUUGGCAUCCCUGCAGAAAAAGGAGAAAAGGAUGACUAUGAGGAUGGAGCUCCAGACCUCCCAGGACCACCUGGGACCCUGGGUAAGCAGUGAAUGUGGACCCCAGGCCCUGCAGGGCCCCAGCACUUCAUCCUUCUUCUCCAAGGGCUACCUGGUAUUUCUGGACAUCCUGGAGUUGAGGGUCCUGAAGGGCCACCAGGACCUGCUGGCUGCCAAGGAGAGAAGGAGGAGCCUGGUCGCCCCGGGGACCCUGCAGUGGUGGGACCUUCUGGUGCUGGAGCCAAAGGAGAGAAAGGAGAUGUGGGGCCCACUGGGCCCAGAGGAGCUACCGGACCCUAGCUUGGUUCUUCCUGGAGACCCUGGCCUCAAAGGAGACCCUGGAGACCAGGGCCCCAUUUGCCUCAUUGGCAGAGUAGGACCCCUGGGUGACUCAGAGCCUCCUGGAAAGAAGGUAGAUUCUGGGCUGACUGGCUCUCCAGGACUUGUGCGCCACCGACGGCAAGAUGGCAGCCCUGGACCAUCUGGACCCAAGGGUGAACGUGGGGAGCUGGGCAUUGAUGGGUUUAGGGGACCCCCAGGUCCACUGGGAAAGCCAGGUGAGGAUGGCAAACCGGGCCUGAGUGGAAAAAACGGAGAAAAGGGGGAUCCAGGUGCCCCUGAGAGAGAAGGUUAUGAUGGCCCAAGGGUGAUCAUGGAACCUGGUGUCCAAGGCCCUCCAGGCCUACCUAGGUCAGUUGGCCCUCCAUCUCAGGGUUUUCCUGGUGUCCCAGGAAACAUGGCCUCUGCAUAUGUUGGGCAGAGGGGUGACCAUGGUGAGACUGGAUCCAAAGAGGAACAGGGCCUCCCUGGAGAGCGAGGCCUGAGAGGAGAACCUGGGAGUGUGCCAAAUGUGGAACAGUUGCUGGAAACUGCUGACAUCAAGUUAACUGCCCUGUGGGAGAUCAUGGAGAAUUGGGAUGAGAACUCUGGGAGCUUCCUUCCUGUGCCUGAAUGGUGGCAUGGCCCCAAGGGAGACUUGGGCGAAUGGGGUCCCAGGAAAGGAAGUGAACGUAGCUGCUCAGUAGGCCCCAUUGGCUUUCCUGGAGAAUGCGGCCUGAAGGUAGAUCGUGGAGACUCUGGCCCUCAGGGGCUGCCUGGUCUGGCCCUGUAGGAAAGUGGCCCCCCCACUCCUCUCAGCCUUGCCAGGGAACCCGGAAAGCCUGGUAUUACUGGACUCCCAGGCUGGGCUGGGAGUGUGGGGAAGGCAGGAUGGGAGAAUGGAGAGAGAAAGGAAAAUGUGGAGAACAGGUGGCAGUGGAUGGACCAGGACCUGGACUCUCUGGAGAACAGGGACCCCCUGGACUCAAGGGUGCUAAAGUCAGUGUGUGGGAUCAACUUGGGGCCACCAUUUGCCAUGACACCAGGGCUGACUGAACAUCUCAUCUCCACAGGAGGAGCCAGGCAGUGA